AUGGAGUCGAUUUCUCCGGUGAUGAAUCAGCCGACGAGGACGAUGAUGAGCUCUGGUUAUGAUCAAUCCAGGCGUAAGCGGAAGAAGAAACAACCGCCACCACCGUCUCAAACGACGUCGUUGCAGAAAUGGCGAUCGGAGAAACAACAACAGAUUUACUCGAUGAAUAUCGUUCAAGCUCUGAGGGAGCUCCGGAUUAGCGCGGACAACAAUUCAUCGGCGACACCGCAUCCUCGCGGCGGAGGUAUAGCCGUGCGCGACGCCGCUUAUAGAUCCCUGGCGGUUACGGCGAGAGGAAGAACACUGUGGAGCCGAGCUAUAUUAUCUAAAGCAGUGAAAGUGAAGCUCAGGUUUCGGAAACAGAACCGGCCGAGAAUUUCGAAUCCUCCGUCGAUGGUUUCGAUAACCGGAAAUAACCGGUUAAGGAAAAAGAGAGCAACGGUUUUGAGGCUGAAGGCCAAGGGUUUGCCAGCUGUACAGAGGAAAGUCAAACUCCUGAGCCGGUUAAUUCCGGGUUGCCGGAAACAGCCGUUGCCUGUGGUGCUAGAAGAAACCACCGAUUAUAUUGUUGCCAUGGAGAUGCAGAUUCGUGCUUUGAAUGCCAUUAUCUCCGCCGUUGGCUCCGCCUCCAGCUCGGCGCCGCCACUAAUGCUAGAGACAGGUCAUGAUGGCGAAGAGACACACAUGCUCGGUUAG